CAUUAUCCAAUAUCACGAGUCUAUAAAUUCCAUACAACCAUUGAAUUCACUUUCACUUCCCAAAUCAUAAAAGCCUCUCUCUUAGUCUAUUUUUAUCUCACGGCUCUCUCUCCCCUCUCUACACACACAAACACAAAUAAAGCGUAAAACUGAAAUAUUUUAAUUACAAUUAGAAAGAGAACAUAUUAAUAUGUCAAAUAUAACAAAGAAGAAGUGUAAUGGAAAUGAAGAGGGUGCAGAGCAGAGGAAAGGGCCUUGGACACUCGAGGAAGACACUCUUCUCACCAAUUACAUUUCCCAUAACGGUGAAGGCCGAUGGAAUCUGCUCGCUAAAUCUUCUGGGCUAAAGAGAGCAGGAAAAAGUUGUAGAUUGAGAUGGUUGAAUUACCUUAAACCCGACAUAAAGCGUGGGAAUCUCACUCCUCAAGAACAACUUUUAAUCCUUGAGCUCCAUUCUAAAUGGGGUAAUAGGUGGUCAAAAAUUUCGAAGUAUUUACCAGGAAGAACAGACAACGAUAUCAAAAACUACUGGAGAACUAGAGUCCAGAAACAAGCACGCCAGCUCAACAUAGAUUCCAAUAGCCACAAGUUCAUAGAAGUUGUUCGUAGCUUUUGGUUUCCAAGACUGAUCAACGAGAUUAAAGACAACUCAUACACCAACAAUAUUAAAGCUAAUGCUCCUGAUUUACUUGGACCAAUUUUACGAGACAGCAAAGAUUUGGGUUUCAACAACAUGGAUUGUUCCACUUCCAUGUCAGAAGAUCUCAAGAAAACUUCACAAUUCAUGGAUUUUUCUGAUCUUGAAACCACAAUGUCCUUGGAAGGAUCACGAGGGGGUAGUAGUCAAUGUGUGAGUGAGGUUUAUAGCUCCUUCCCUUGCCUAGAGGAGGAGUACAUGGUGGCCGUUAUGGGCAGUUCAGACAUUUCAGCAUUGCAUGAUUGUCACGUGGCUGAUUCCAAGUACGAGGAUGAUGUGACACAAGAUCUAAUGUGGAACAUGGAUGACAUUUGGCAGUUUAACGAGUAUGCACACUUUAAUUAGGUUAUAUUAUAUUUAUGUACUUCUUACAACUUGGAGGGGUUUAUCGGUCUUUUAUUAAAUUUUGAUUGUUUUGGAUUCCUUAAAAAUGUGUUCUUAUUAUAGUUUUUAAUGAAAAAAAUGUUUAAGCUUAAUUUUGGUAUACGAAAUUUU